AUGGACAAAGAAUCCUAUGCGCAGUUUCUGGAUGCUUCAUUGUUGGCCUUGCGGAACCAUCUCUUGGCCGCAUAUCCAGAGCCUUCCUCAGCCCGCUGGGCGGAGCUUGAAAGCAGUUUCGAAGGCAUCCGAGGGGGGCUCCCCUCGGCCUUACCGGCCUUGCCCUUGGCCGCCGCAGCCAGCGGCGCGACCACCCCACGAGACUUGUCUCCCGUCUCCCGAGAGAGCAGCAGUGUGCGCUUCCAAGAGAUCCCCGAGGAGACCCGGAUUGAACCAAUCUUGCCCGUGGAGCUCGAAGAGAAGGACGCGGAGGAGGUGAACACCGUAGAGGUCGCCGCGGAGGAUGAGGACAGCGACAACGAGCCGGAGGCCAUUGGCCAUGGCGAUUCCUCGCGCUUUCUGCAGUCCGACCUCUCGGACCUCACGGAGGCGAGGGCCGGACCUCGGGGGGGUGCCGGCGAGCUCGAGCUCGGCGUGGAGGAGGGUUGGGAAGGAAGCGCUCCUGCGAUUGGUGUCACUUCAUCUCCAGACUUGACCAGCUGA